UUACUGUGUGUUAUUGUAUGUCACUGUGUGUUACUGUGUGUUAUUGAUUGUCACUGUGUGUUACUGUGUGUUACUGUGUGUUAUUGUGUGUUACUGUGUGUUAUUGAUUGUCACUGUGUGUCACUGCGUGUUACUGUGUGUUAUUGUGUGUCACUGUGUGUUACUGUGUGUUAUUGUGUGUUAUUGUGUGUUACUGUGUGUUAUUGUGUGUUACUGUAUGUUAUUGUGUGUCACUGUGUGUUAUUGAUUGUCACUGUGUUAUUGUGUGUUACUGUGUGUUAUUGUGUGUUACUGUGUGUUACUGUGUGUCAUUGUGUGUUACUGUGUGUUACUGUGUGUCACUGUGUGUUACUGUGUGUCAAUGUGUGUUACUGUGUGUUACUGUGUGUCAUUGUGUGUACAGCAAAUAAAACUUCAACAAAGGUCCCCGACUUUAAAACCGUGUGUGGAGACACGACAUAGGAAAUGACCAGUAUCAUGGCACACAAUAACUGUCAAUCAAGGCUGAGUAUGUAAAUUAGCUCACCUGGACACACCCCACAGGUGUCAGGUGUGUGACAGAGAAGAGUCUGAACGAGACAAAGAUCCGCCAGAACCUCAGAGACGACUAUAAGAUCAGAGAAACUUUAGCUGACUCCGUAAGAAGCCCCUGCAGUCUGUUGGUGGGUGGGCGGGGUCAGGUGUUAUAAUCCCACCCAUCAGCACAUAUGGGCGUGGCCAUGUGCCGUCAUCACUGUCAGUGUGUUACAGAGUUGUUGUUGACCUGACGAUGUGUUUGUUUCAGAUCCUCCUGGUCCUCCGUCAAUCCGUCUCAACUCCGACUUUCUGCCAAACCAAACCGAGGUGGUUCUGACCGCUGGCUCCACCUUCAUCCUCAGUUGUCAUGGUAACAUUUCAGUUGGUUGGACCUUCACUGCGUUCAAUCUGUUGUACCGGGACGGACUGCAGAACCCGGUGGAGAUCAGGAGAUCGAACCCCAGACACACUGGAACGUAUCGCUGUGGGUACAUCAACCAGAGCCUGGAACACCUCAACACCUGGAUACACCUGUAUGUCAAAGACCCAGCUGACCCCGACAGCAUCUUCGUCACACCUUAUCGUCUCCCUGAUGUCAAGGAGGGCCAGGACUUUCUGUUCAGGUGUCUGCUGACCGACCCGUCGGUGACAAACCUCACCCUCCAAUCACAUGACAGCGCCAUGGGCAAGGGGCGGGGCCUGCCUCAGGGCAUGAACGUGACCUUUGACCCCCAGAGAGGAGCCCUGAUCCGAGACCUGCAGAUGUCCUUCAAAGGACGCUAUGUUUGUUCAGGCUGGAAGGAGGGACGAGAGUUCAGAUCCAAACCUGUCAACCUGCUGGUGUCCCGCAGGCUGCGACUGCGUUAUCCUCCGUCCCUGUUCAUCAGUCAGGAUGAGUUUGUCCGUCUGGAGGGAGAGACGUUCGAGGUCACCUGUCUGGCCAGGAACCCAAACAACUUCUACAACCUCACCUGGACUCACCCGAACAGGAAGACGCCCCCACACGUCUUCGUCAGCUGUCGCCAUGGCAACUGUCUGUACAAGAACAGCACUCUGAUGGUCUCUGAUGUCACUCUGACGGACAGCGGCACCUACACCUGUACUGCUCACAACGAGGCUGGAGUCGCCACGGCAACCACGCAGCUGAGAGUUGUGGAUCGACCCUACCUGAGGAUCUACCUGCAGGCUAAUGCUAACGCUAAGACCAUGGAGGUCAACGAGGAACUGGUGGCUAACGUUAGCAGCAUGCUGAUGGAGGUGAAAGAAGAGCUAGCAGCUAACGUUAGUAGUGAUUCAUUGGAGGUGAACGGGGAGCUAACUGCUAAUGUUAACAUUAGAAUGGAUGUGAAUGGGGAUAGCAGCGCUAACAUUAGCGGCAGUAGCACAGUGGAGGCGUACGAAGGUCUGGAUGUGAUGCUGACCUUUGUGAUAGAGGCAUAUCCUCCAAUUGGGAACUGGCGCUGGACGACCUCAACACACUUCAUCAACAACAGCACAGCGUACCUGGAGAGCUACGUUACGAACGGCUACAGGUCGGAGGCUAGCUUGCUGCUGCGGCGGGUUCGACAGGAAGAUCGGGGUCAAUACUCGUUCCACUUUGUUAACUUGUUCUUUAACGGCUCGCAGAACAUCAACCUCCGAAUUUACCGUUCUCCGAGUGUCGUCAUCAGUCAGGAGAAGGACAUGUUGACCUGCAGCAGCUCUGGAUUUCCACCACCCAUAAUCCUCUGGUAUACCUGCGCCGGUGUCCACGACACGUGUGGAGAGGACUCCACCAAUCAGGUUUCUUCAGCUGAUGUGACCUCACAGGAGGAAGAGGAGGAAGUUAGGACACGCCUGAGUGUCCCUGUGUCACCUGGUGAUGAUGUCACUGUGGAAUGUGUGGCCUACAAUCAGAUGGGAGACUCCCGUGAUGUCUUUUACCUCCGAGAACCUGAACGCAUCUUCACGUUGCCUCUGAUCGGAGCUCUGAGCGCCGCCGUCUUCCUCUUCCUGCUGUCGUCAGUCCUCUUUUACAAGUGGACACAGAAACCCAAAUACGAGACUCGUUGGAAGAUCAUCGAGAGCACUGAUGGAAACAGCUACACCUUUGUUGACCCCACCCAGCUGCCGUACAACCACAAGUGGGAGUUUCCUCGAGACAAGCUCCGCCUCGGCGCUGUUUUGGGAUCGGGGGCGUUCGGGAAGGUCGUUGAGGCGACAGCGUACGGUCUGGGAACGAAGGACGCCACCCGAGUCGCCGUCAAGAUGCUCAAACCGAGCGCUCACUUGGUGGAACGUGAAGCUCUGAUGUCAGAGCUCAAGAUCCUCGGCUACCUUGGUUACCAUGACAACAUCGUCAAUCUGCUGGGAGCCUGCACGCGAGGAGGCCCCAUGUUGAUGAUCACAGAGUACUGUAGCCACGGCGACCUGCUCAACUUCCUGCGGGCUCACGCUCAGGACUUCAUGACGUCCAUUGUGAGCGUGGACGAAUCAGAGGGGGAGGUGUUCUAUAAGAACAUGGCUGCCCUGCACGCCAGGCUCAGGAGUGACAGUGGGAUCUCGUGUUGUUCAGAUUAUCAGGAGAUGCAGCCGGCUCUGAGUCCAGGACAAAAACACUCAGGUAUGCAGACAGACAGUAUCUCUGUUGAAGACCUCAUGAGGUUUUCCUACCAGGUCGCUCAGGGUCUGGACUUCCUGUCCACCAGGAAUUGUAUCCACAGAGACGUGGCGGCGAGGAAUGUCCUGCUGACUGAUCGUCGUGUAGCAAAGAUCUGUGACUUCGGUUUGGCGCGAGACAUCCGUAACGACGACAGUUACAUCGUCCAGGGAAACGCUCGUCUCCCGGUGAAGUGGAUGGCGCCAGAGAGCAUCUUUCAGUGCGUCUACACCGUCCAGAGCGACGUCUGGUCCUACGGAGUCCUACUGUGGGAGACCUUUUCUCUGGGUAAGAGUCCAUACCCUAAUGUUGCCGUGGAUACCAACUUCUACAAGAUGAUCCAAGAUGGACGCCACAUGGAUCAGCCUGACUUUGCUCCAGCAGACAUGUAUCAGCUGAUGAAGCUCUGCUGGAGUCUGGAGCCCACACACAGACCAACCUUUAAAACGAUCGCUGAGCUCAUCAACAGGCUCCUCCCCUCCACCAGUGACAUGUCGCCACAUCACAGCGAGCAGUCGGCGUACAGGAACAUCUGUGAGUUCAGAGAGGAGGAGGAAGAGGAGGUCAGAGGAGGAGAUGCCGUGAAGAGAGGAGGAGGAGGAGGUGGAGGAGGAGAAGAGCGAGCUCACAGAGAGUGCCAUGAGGAUGAUGAUGAUGAUGAUGACGACAAUGAGGAGGAGCCGAUGAUGAAGAACAUCUACCAGCUGUCCUGAUCAUUUCGUCCAAUCAAAAUGUGUCUCAGUGUCUCAUGUUGUCAUGACAGCGUCGUCACAAAGGCCAUGCCCCCUUUAGGUAAAAACAACACUGUAAAAAAGCUGCUGACAAAAAAAUAAAAAUACAGUUUAGGAUUUUGUCUCAUCCCCAAAGAGCGACGGACGUCUGAGACAAAGCCUUAAUCACACAUCAGAAUCUGGAACAGUCGGACACAGACUGAUUCAGAACAGGUGUCGGCAGUUUGUGAUGCCGUCGGCAAAAAAGCACAAAGAGCGAGAAAGUCUGAGGAGGAUGGACAGGAAGACCAACUUUGACCAGGAAGUCAGCACACGUGCUCUCAUCAUAACUCGUUGCUUUGUCCGUCGACUUUCACGUCUUAAUGUGACGCGUUGAGUUUCCUCUUGCAUCUGCUGCGGACAUCAUCAUGUCUUUUCAAAAUAAACUUCUGUUUCCACAGGAAGUGUUCAGUUCAUCAGUCUCUGAACUCUGACUUAAUUUAAGGAACGUUGUCGCCAUGUUUGUUUUUUCUUUAACCACAGAAACUUUAUGACGAGGAUGUGAUGUCAUUCGUGGGGCAAUAAAUCGCAGGAUGUCAUAUGAAGCGUGUGUGAGGAGGCGUGUUGUGGUCAGAGCGCUGCACGAGUCGUUUAUUUGACUCGCUCCGAAUGAACGUCAACGACAUUUUAUGUAUUUUCUCUUAAAAACGACCCAGUCAGUAACGAGUUAAUUAGCGUGCAGCUGUUGAAGCACAGUUGACCCAAACUGAUGUCCUGUUCAGGAAGUGACACGUUGGGUCGCUGUGAUGGACACAAACCAAAUCAUUAACAUGUUUCUUUAAAUUCAAAUUCAAAAGCUUUAUUGGCAUGAAAGUUUUCAGUAAAACAUUAUUGACAAAGCAUAAAACACAAACACAAAAUAACAGUAACGUGAAAAUUAAUCAAAAUCAAGUUUAUUUCUGUCUCCAUGACGACAGCGAUGGUUGACCUGCAGUGAUGUCAUCAUUCAUCUUGUUGUUGUUUUUUAUUUCCAUGCAUUUUUUUUUAUUUUAUAAACUUCAGAAUUUAAAUUUGAUACAGGAAGUGCUGAUUUCACCCAAAAAGGGGCGGAGCCUGAUGUGACAUGCUGCUGUCAUUUGUAAAGAUGUUAAAAUCAAAACUUUAUUGAGAGAUCCAGAGUGACGACAGGUCUGAUCACGUGAACACUGACAUCAUUGUGCCGAAGGAUCCCAACAAACAAACAAACAAACAAAUGAACAAACAGCUAUGAAACAAAUGAUUUUGUUUUUCUAAAAAUCAGAUGGACAUUAAAACGAUUAAAUGUAAACAGACUCUGAACACGCCGUGCGUUUGAUCUUUUUAUUUUACUGGAUCAACUUUUUAAGAAAAUGUUUUAAUAAAAAUCAAAUGAACUGUU